UUCGACCUUCAUCAUAUCCAAAUCAAGAUGGCAGCCCCCUGCAGUGGAAAACAGUGUCAAAUUGGUCCAUCAAUUCUUAAUUCGGAUCUUUCUAAAUUAGCCUCCGAAUGCCAGAGACUAAUGGACAGUGGUGCAGACUAUCUGCAUCUUGAUGUUAUGGAUGGGCAUUUCGUUCCAAACCUAACAUUUGGACACCCUGUUGUUAAAUGCCUUCGACCAAAAGUGCCUGGAGUGUUUUUUGAUAUGCAUAUGAUGGUAAAAAACCCAGAACAGUGGGUACAGAAUAUGGCAGAUGCAGGAGCAAACCAGUAUACAUUCCAUUAUGAGGCAACAGAUGACCCUACUGGGUGUAUAAGAAAGAUCAGGGAAGCUGGAAUGAAGGUUGGUGUUGGGAUAAAACCAAAGACAGCAGUUGAUGUGUUAGUGCCAUUAAUAGACCUAGUAGAUAUGGUUCUCAUAAUGACUGUGGAACCAGGAUUUGGAGGCCAGAGGUUUAUGGCAGACAUGAUGCCAAAGGUUUCUUUCUUGAGAGAGAGGUACAGUGAUUUGGAAAUUGAGGUAGAUGGGGGUGUUGGACCAUCAACAAUUCAGUAUUGUGCAGACGCUGGUGCUACAAUGAUUGUUUCUGGAAGUGCUAUAAUCAACAGUGACAAUCCAAAAGAGACUAUAACUUACAUGAGAGAUAUUGUUAAUCAGUCCAUUAGGAAGGUUUCUGCCAAGAGUUAACAUAGCAUUGAUUCUAAGAGAGCCAUAUGUAUACUGUGAAGAAGUUAGUCUUAUUUGCUAGUGAUUAUUUUGUAUUUAAACACUUGACUUGUAAUAUUUUUGAAUUUAUCCAAACCAAAACUUUAGAUGAUUUGUUCUAAAGAAUCUCUGAACUCAGAAAGGAAUUAUCAUUUAUGUCUCUCUCUCAGGUACUGUUAUUGUCAAAGAGAGUAUUAUUUAUAUAAUUCUAACUUUAUUUAUUUCUGACCAUUUGUUUUGUUGAUGUACAUACUGAGAAUUUACAGAGAAUGCUUACGGAGAAUG